CAUAAGAUUUUCUCCAAUGACUAUUUUGAGGUGGUUUGGGUUUAGGCCAGCAGAUGUGCCUUCCCAAUUCUUCUAGGAGUGCCCCUUUUGAUUCCAAGGAAGAUGAUGUGUUCAAGCAAUUUAUGGACAUCCUCUUGUUUAGUUUUUGCAGGCAUAAUUUCUACUUCUCCAAGUUGUCCUUCAAUCUCCAAGAGUAAAGUGUUUACCUCUUCUUCUUGAUUUUUCAUUGUUGCACUAGGUAACUCACCUUGUAUCUCUUCAGCAACUAAGUUGAGCAAAUGACUUGAUUAGACCUCCAGAUUUUUAUUCAAACAUGUCUCCUCUUCUGGAGCUUGAAACCCUGAUUGUGGCUUCAAUAUAUCUUCAUUAUUCCAUGAGGUGUUUGGAUCAAAAUGGCAUGUAUUGGGAUAAGAAUUAUACUGUUGACUAUAAAACUCACAAGAAAAAUCAACACACUUGUUAUAUCGUUUAAAUAAGCAAUCAGAACUAAA